AUCAAUCUUAUAUUAUGGUGUCGUGACAAUGGACAUUACAUAACUGGAUAUGCAGCAAAACUUCUAUCUCCUUAGAAGUUAAAUGCUUUCAAUUUCAAUGGAACGGUUUAAAAACCAACAGGAUGCAUUAUAGGUGGUAAAAAAGCAAUCAACUUGGAUAAAAUAAUAAACAUGCAAACAAUGGAACGUGCACCCGUCUCUCUAUCAAUUUUGCGAAAGGAUGGAGAUGUGAAAAGGGGGGAUAAAAUGUCCACUUUCACCAACUAUGUGCCAAACUGGAGGGGUCAUGGAGGGAGACAUCCGACCCAUAGUAGUGUAGAGUUUGACAGACAACUGGACAAAAUUUCUCUUUGGAUUGAAGAAUGGAACCACGAACAGAGAUGUCAGUUGAUAGAGGCCCUCUUAAGGAGAAGUAAUCACCAACAAUUUCAGUUUCUAUAUACUGUAAUGCAGCCACAUCAACAUAGAGAUUUCAUGUAUACAGCUCAGAAACAGUUCCCAGAAACAGAGUUCACACCUGUCAGCACACAUACAACAAGAGAGGUCAAGAGACGAGUACAGCUCCACAGAGAGGACAAUUAUUACAGAGUUAAGAGUGCUUACUUCCACUUGGAUGAUGAAGUAAAGGAACAAAACAAAGUGAUCCGUAGUGUCAGAUUACCGGAAAUUCUUCAAGAUAAUCACAUCAUUAUUCACAAAAAUGACACCAGUAUCAGUUUUGGAACCAAAUCUAUGGCCAGUCUACCAAAGCUGUGUACAGUUCCAAAGAGAAGAUCAAACAAGAGUAUCAGAAAGUAUAAAUUGUUACAGACCAGUAAAGAAGAACUAUACAAUGGUCCAGCUGUUGACAGAUUUGUUGACAUGCCAAUAAAACGACACAUUCAGAAUGAAAGGUUGACACAAAGUGUUCCAGUUUUAAAUACUAGUAGUAGAGCUGAUAAAAGUGCAAUGUCUUCAACCAAACCACCUUCCACUGCCAAAUUUACAGAGUCAAAGCCAGACUCUGAUCAGAUAUUCAACCUCAGUACAAAUGCCAGUACAGUAGUACAUUGGUACACUGACCUUUGGACAGAUGUUAAAAGAAAUGAAUUUCUACAUAAGCUGAUAUUAAAAUUAGAUCCUAGACAACAUUACUUCAUAUCAAGUUUUAUGUUGGUCAGACGACAUCGGGACUUUUUAACCUUACUUCCAGAAAAAAUAGUUUUAUGUAUACUGAACAUUCUAGAUACAAAGGAACUGUGUAAAUGUGCUGAGGUUAGUAAAUCAUGGUACAGUUUAGCAUAUAAUAACCAGUUAUGGAAAUGGAAAUGUGACGCUGUCAACAUCAAAGUCACUAUACCUACAGACCCUGUAUGGAAACAAGUCUAUAGAGAUAACGUCAUUCUGGAACGGAACUGGCAUAAUGGCACUUACAGAACCGUAGAUAUGAAGGGCAACACAGCUCCAUGGGAGGAAGCAGUCGGGGUUGAGUCGGUAAUCUUUGACAGAAAUAUACUUGUCAGUGGAAGUCAGGACAAAACAGUCAAAAUCUGGGACAUCAAGACUGGAAGAUGUGCACAUACAUUUGAGGGACACCAAGGGGGAAUUUGGUGUCUUAGUUUCUUCACCCCAAACCUAAUACUGAGUGGUUCUCAUGAUGGAACAAUCAAGAUUUGGAAUGUGAAAGAGAGGAAAAUGGCCAGAUCUAUUCUAGCUCAUGAUGGACCAAUAUGGGCCAUGGUCAGACAUGAGAAAACCCUAGUUAGUGUAUCACAAGACAAAACUGCAAAAGUGUGGGAUAUUUCACGCUGCUUACUGCUUAAGACACUAACAGGACAUAAUAAACCAAUAUUUGCUGUAGACAUGAAUGAAGAUGGAACAUUAGUUAUAACAGGAUCUGCUGACAGGACUGUAAAGAUAUGGGAAGUGGAGACUGGUGAAUUAAAGAAAACCAUAUGGGUGAGCAGUACAACCUCUGUCAUGACUGUCAGCUACCAUAAAGGGUUCAUUGCUGCUGGGUACGACAACAUUGUCUGUCUACACAGAGAAACAGGAAAACUUAUCAAAACCUUCAAUGAACAUGAGAAACGAGUAGAAUCUGUUCAGCUGAAAAUUGAAGAUCCAGAAAAGAUAACAGGAGCAAUCAUAAGUUCUGGACAAGGUGGACUGGUCAAAAUAUGGAAUACUAAAAAGCCACAGAGUAUACAGACAUACAAACUUAGCAGAGAAGGAGGAAGUGUUAAAUCAAUCAAAUUUGAUGAACUCAGGAUCGUAGGAGGACUGAAGGACAGAAUUAGAAUCUUAGAUUUCCAAGCACCUAAUUCUGAAUGAUUUGAGUAUUCUCACCAAAUCACUGCUGAAAAGUUUGUGCUGUUUAAGAGAAUUUGGCUUAAGUUCAUAUGAUUAGAUAAUAGAUUUAUAGAAACAGGAAUCUGAUCUGAGCAGUGUAUUUUUCAUCCAAUUUCAUUCCAACAGCCUUUGGUUGUCAAAUCCAUUUUCUUAACUCUGAUAGAUAUAGAGAUUAGCUGUAACUGUGAUAUGGGCAUUAGCUGUGACUGUGAUAUAGAUUAGCUGUGACUGUGAUAUAGAGUCUUGCUGUAGCUGUGAUAUUUAUUUUCCUUUGUGCCAAAACAGUAGUUACAUUGUGAAUUUUCAUUUGAAACAAAUAGAUAAUGUAAGGACUGAGAUUUUAGAUAUUGAAUUUAAUAUUAUCUUGCCAAAGUCUUUCAGUACAAGAUUGUAAAAUUUUUAGUACUUUGAAACCAGUGUUAUUAAUAAAAAUACUAAUAACAA